AUGUCGACCCCCGCGCCGCCUGAAGACCAGGCCCGCCUCCUUGAAGAUGCCUUGAUCGCCGUGCGCCAGCAAACCACCCUCAUGAGAAAAUGCCUCGACACUCCCGGCAAGCUCAUGGAUGCUCUCAAGUGCUGCUCCACCCUUGUCUCCGAGCUUCGAACCAGCAGCCUGGGCCCCAAACAGUACUACGAGCUGUACAUGGCCGUCUUCGAUGCUCUCCGAUACCUCUCCGUCCACCUGCGCGAGAACCACCCCGUUAAUCACCUCGCCGACCUCUACGAACUCGUCCAGUAUGCCGGCAACAUCAUACCCCGCCUUUAUCUCAUGAUCACGGUCGGCACCGCCUACAUGUCCAUUGAGGGCGCCCCCCGUUAA